GCAGCUCCUCCCAUUUACACAUAUAAGCCAAGUACGUUGCCGGCAGCGGCCGUGCAGAGCAUUUUCUCAGUCCGGUGCUGUACUGAACCUGUGAACGAACAUCUUUCCUCGCAAUCACGCUCUUCGACCAAGAUCUAUCGCCCUGAUAUUUAAAUCAUCAGUAAACCAAAGUAUUUGGUUCAUUGGACCCAAAGCUAAACUCCAUAAUUCGUCCCCAGCAACGCAAGCCAAAGGAAUUAGAGGAGUGGAACCCAGAGGGACAAAGGAAGGACAAAUUGGUUCUGAACUGCUGGCAAUACUUUAAGUGUGAUCCACUGCUUUCACUCUUCACACGACUUGUGGUUAUAACAGCCCUGUUGGGUGCAACUCUUGCCAGAUCAUGGCUGUGCCUUUCCUCUCCAUCCAGUUUCUGACAAUGACUGUCCAUUUGUUUGUUGCUGGAACCGUUCAUGGAGGUGGUUACUAUCCGAUGAAGCAGGGUCCACAGCAGAUGCCACAAAUGCAGCUCCAAGUCCCACACAUGGUACGAGUUGGCAAAGAAGGACCUCAUAUGCAACACAGGGGCAAGGAGGUGCCACACUUUCCAGUUUAUGGAAAGGACCAUCCAUAUAGCUCUCACUAUGGGAAAGACAUUCCACAAAUGCAUGUAUUUGGGAAAAAUGUGAUGCCUCAAAAGGAACCAAAAGAACUGAUACCAACAUAUCCGAGUGCAAUGAAAGGUGAGAAAGGUCCAGACGGAGAGCCUGGCGCAAGAGGGCCAAUGGGGCCACCUGGGCCUCCAGGAAUACCAGGUCGGGGGAUUCAAGGACCAGCAGGAACACCAGGUCAUCCAGGCCAACCAGGUCUUCCAAGUGUUGGGAAGCCUGGGAUGCCAGGAAUAGCAGGUAAACCAGGAAGAAUGGGGUUGCCAGGCCACAAGGGUGACAUGGGACCAAAGGGAGAUUAUGGGUCCAUGGGACCACCAGGACCACAAGGGGCACGAGGUCCUUCAGGUCUUCCUGGAUUAGGAAAGCCAGGCAGAUCAGGAUUACCGGGAAAACAAGGAACACGAGGAGAGCCUGGACAGAGAGGAAUGCCAGGAAUGCCAGGACCAAUAGGAUCCAAGGGGCAACAAGGAAUUGGUGUGCCUGGUUUACCAGGAUUGAAGGGCCCACCAGGAUUACCUGGGCAGCCAGGUCAAGCAGGACUGCCUGGUAUUUCAAAGUCGGGUUUAAAUGGUCUCCCAGGGGCUCCAGGAGGACCCGGAAAAACAGGAUUCCCAGGUGAGCCAGGACCUCAAGGUUUUCCAGGACAACAGGGCAUUCAAGGACCACCUGGAAAGCCAGGUGUGGGGAAGCCAGGUUUAGAUGGAAUUCCUGGUCAACAUGGAUUCCCUGGGGGUAAAGGUGAUAAAGGGCUCCCGGGCAUACCAGGGCCUCCGGGAAUGCCAGGAGUAGCAAAACCAGGGUUUCCUGGGCUAAAGGGUGAACGUGGUCACAAUGGACCUCCAGGAACACAGGGACCAAAAGGGGAACCUGGACCUGUUGGUGCCCCUGGAAUUCCUGGUCAACCAGGUGAAAUGGGAUUACCUGGACUUCCAGGACAAAUUGGACCACAAGGUGGUUUGGGUUUCCCAGGACUGAAGGGAGAACAUGGGCCACCUGGCCCUCAAGGUCCUCAAGGCCUGAAAGGGGAAAUUGGUCUCCAGGGAAUGCCAGGUGCAUCAGGAUAUCCUGGUGAAGACGGACAACCAGGGCAAAGGGGUAUGCCUGGACCAAUUGGACCAAAAGGAGGGCAAGGACAUGUUGGUCCAACUGGUUUACCUGGAUUGCUAGGAGCACCAGGAUUAAAAGGAGAACCUGGGUUCCAUGGGGAGAAAGGUAACCAAGGUCCUGCUGGAAUACCUGGGAUUGCUGGUCCAGGAGGUCCAAUAGGUCCUCCAGGCCCAUCGGGACCAAAAGGAGAUAGAGGAAUGCCAGGACCUCCUGGGUUACCUGGAAUAGGAAAACCCGGAGUUCCAGGGCUUGUAGGACCAACAGGAAAGCCUGGCCCAGAAGGUCAUUAUGGAAUAACAGGGCCACCGGGCAUUCCCGGACCACCUGGCCCUCCAGGCCCACCAUCUGUUCAACCAGAAAUUCAACAGUUUCAACUUCCAGAGAUGGGUCCAGGAAUCGACGGUGUAAUGACACCACAAGGAUACAUUGGUCAACCGAGUAAAAAAGGGAAACCCAUGGGACUUAAGCUAGAGAUGCCUGCGUUCACAGCCAAACUUACAAUACCUUUUCCACCAGUGGGAUCUCCUGUCAAGUUUGAUAAAAUCCUGUACAACGGCAGACAAAGUUACAAUCCACAAACUGGUGUUUUUACGUGUGAAAUACCAGGAAUUUAUUACUUUUCAUAUCACAUUCAUUGUAAAGGUGCUAACGUAUGGGUGGCAUUAUAUAAAAAUAAUGAGCCACAAAUGUAUACUUACGACGAAUACAAGAAAGGGAUUCUCGAUCAGGCUUCUGGAAGCUCAGUUCUCGAACUAAUGCAUGGAGACAGAGUCUGGAUCCAACUCCCAUCUGAACAAGCAGCAGGACUUUAUUCCGGCCCAUAUGUGCAUUCCUCUUUCGCUGGAUUUUUACUGUAUCCAAUGUAAAAACAAAAUGUACACGUGUAAAGCUUUUAAAAUACAACUUUUCUUAUUCAAUGGAAGUUACACUUUUACCACAAAAGGCCUCGCCUGAAAUUUGCUGAAUGAUUAACUGUCUUUCUUUACUGGAAGGCUACUGUUAGUUAUAUCCAAAGAAAGAGUAGACUGCAUCUGCUUUACACGUUAUAAUUGCACAUUAAGGGCCUGAAGACACAAUAGUACUUUGAGAGCCAGCGGUCAUCUCCAGAUAAGUUUCCUUGUUCCUUAAGUUCGUAAGUCUUGCGUGUAAGAUUCCAAGAACAUCCGCGCGGGUCUUAAUGGACUAUAUUCCAAAGGAGUGUUACUUUGUACAAUUGAAACUAAUCUUCCAAUCAAUGUCAAAAUUGUAAAGAAACAGAUAGAAUGCACGUAGUAAGCUCUGAAUGCUACAUAAUCCAUUUGGCCAAAAUCGAAAAUCGAAAUAAGUUUUCAGAUUAAUGUAAGGAGUGUGCUUAGCAUUUGUUAUAUAUUAUAACUAAACCAAGUGUACUUGAUAGUGUUACUGGGUGCAACAUGGAAAAUGUUCAAUGUCCCAGAAACAAAUCAUGCCUCUUUAUAAGAGCAAAUUCACAAAAAAAACAAUUGCUUAAGAAAACAUGCUUGAACAAUGUAGCCCUGUCUGUCUGUGAGAGAGGGAAAAAGGGAUCAAAAGAUUUCUAAUCAAUAAAAUAUGAUCAAUUAUGAACAAAUCUAUGGUCUACUUCACCUUGGGGAGGGUGGGGAUUUAUUGAGAGUCUUCCAGGUACUGGAUUAUAAGGUUUGGUGAUCCAACACUUCAGCAAAGCAUUUGGAACCAGAAUGACUGGGGUGCUGUUGAAAAUAAAAUGAACCUUAAUUAAUAUAAAACAUUUAUGAAUUAUCUUUUCUGAGGAGCAGGAAAAUGAAGGAUCUAAUAGUGUUAAACUUUCUUUAAAUGAGGUAUAAUGCUGAUAUUACUUCUUUCAUGUAGUGGGAAGUGCACAUUUCUUUCUAGAACCUGGGAAUGCACUUUUGCAUAUUGUAUUUGUGUUAACUCGUUGCUGUAGCAAUCCCAAAUCAAUCAAUAUGCUUUUUCAUGCUCUCCAUAGCCUUGUAACUAGCAUAGUUUUUUUUGUCCCUUUUAGCCUAGUUCACUUUUCCUCCACUGGGAAAGGACGUGGUGGUACUCCACCAGUAAAGUUUCUAAAUAAAACUAGAUAAUCACGUGCAUCAUGUGAUGGGCUUAAUUCCAACAAUGUACAAAACAACCUCCAACACUGGAUAUUCAAAACUGGCUGGAGACCAUUUUAAUUUUAAAGAUAACUUGAAAUAAAAGGAAAAAAACGUUAUGUGAUCAUUUUAUAAGGUUUAAAAAUGUCAUCACAUUAACAAAAUUAAAAAAUAAUUUUUCUUCAAGGCUUCCUGAACCUAUAAUGAUUGUUAAGUAACUAUAGUUUAAUGUCAAUUGGCCAUGAAUAAAACGUCAGGCUCAUCAAAAAAUAGUAUGCUUUACUUCUGCUUGUUCAAAUUUAAAUAUGAACUGCAAAGCUACAUCAAAAUAGGAAACAAAACAAAAACAAUCUAAAGAAGUGAAAGUAGGUCAGGCACUUUAUGUUUUGCUCAAGAUUCCAACAUUUACAUUUGCAAAUUGUGUCUCCACGAUUUUGCAGAAUCAGCUGCAGUGAAUUUUUCAAUCUUAUUACAAAAUCUUUUAUCAAUAGAUCAAUCCAGGUAUAUGCAAUGACAGUGCAAUAACAUAUUGUGUCACAUUCUCAUCCACCGGUGUUCCAAACUCAAGGCCCUCAGGGGCAAGGUGUUACUGGAGAGUGAAGAGAAACGAGUCACCUCUCUCCAUAACCUAAUCCAAAACCAAGCCUAUUGCAUCGAGGGGCCAUAUCUGAAAGAAUUGGGGGGAAAAAGAUGUAGAGUUCAAUGUUGGCUGUAAAUUGAACAAUUGGUUUUAAAAAUGUUUAGAUGGUUCAUUAUAGUGAAUGUCAUUCUCAAAUUAGGUUUCAUUUUGGAUCAAUUGCAUCACCAUUGAAUAUAGUGGAACAAACUCCUUUAUCCCCAUAAAAAAAUGCUUGUUCUGCAUUAUCAAAAUGAUUUUGUACCAAAUUAGGAAUUAUUGUGUUAAAUAAAAUUAAUUAUUUUCAGCUUCA